GGCCACAGUAACGUCAUGUGGUGGCUACUGCAGCACACACCGGACAAUGGAUACGACAUGGAUAAGGCGCUUCACUACGCCGUGAAGAACGGAGACAUUGCUCUAACAGAGUGGCUGACGUCUCAUGGUGGUCACGUUUGCACGAGUAAAGCUAUGGAUGACGCUGCGGCUAAUGGUCACUUGGAUGUGGUAAAGUGGCUUCAUGAAAAUCGAGACGAAGGAUGCACAAGUCGCGCAAUGGAUGGUGCUGCAAUAGGAGGCCAUCUACGUGUGAUCCAGUGGCUACACGAAAACACGUCGCAAGGAUGCACGACCGGCGCUAUGGACGGAGCUGCUGUCUAUGGCUAUCUCGAUGUUGUGAAAUGUCUGCACUUCACUACGAACGGUGAUGGACGGAGCGGCAGCAAGAGGGCACCUUCAUGUUGUCCAGUGGUUGCAUGA